GUUUGCUCCUUUGCUCGGUCCCUCCGGUCCGCUGGAGAGGUGUGUUUUUCUCCUGUCACAGAAACCCUGGAGACCGUGCACCAUGUUUGUGCUUCCUGACAGCUGACAGCCCCAGAUAACGUAGACAUGGCCAAAUCGCAGCUGAAAGCACAGAGCAGGACUGAUGAAGCGGAGGGCCCCGAUGGAGGCGGGAAGUGGAUGCUGGUCGUGGCCUUGUUCGUCAGCACCAGCCUCGUCUUCGGUCUGAUGCGCAGCUUGGGGGUCUUCUUCGUGGAGUUUGUCCAGUACUUUGAGCAGAGUGCUCAAGCCAUCUCCUGGAUCUCAUCCAUCGGCCUGGCAGCACAGCAGUUCUUCAGCCCGCUGGGUGCAGCGCUGUCUAAUGCGUACAACGCCAGGCUGGUGGUGAUGGCAGGAGGAUUCCUGGCCGGGCUCGGCCUCAUACUCGCCUCCCAGGCCACCUCCCUCGUCCACCUCUACCUCACGAUGGGCGUCAUUUCAGGUUUGGGCUGGGGGCUGGUCUUCACCCCCAUGGUGGCCACGGUCAUGGCUAACUUCACCCGCCGGCGGACCCUGGUUCUGGGACUGGGGUUCUCCAGCAUCGGCCUCUCUUCCUUUGCUUUUAACCCACUUUUCCAGCUGCUGGUGGAGACGUACGCCUGGAGAGGAGCCCUGCUCAUCCUUGGGGGCCUCAGCCUCAACAUCGUAGCCUGCGGGGCUCUGUUACGCCCACAGCGCCGCACUCAAGCCCCCGUGGAGGACUCGCGGAGCGGGUCAUCGUGUGCUGGUUUUCUGCGACGAGUGUCCUCCUACCUGGAACUAUCGCUGCUCUUAGAGAGACCUUAUCUCACCUACACCAUGGCUAUUUAUCUUUUCAAUGUGGGCUACUUCGUUCCAUACUUCCACCUGGUGGCCCACACCCGCCACGCCGGCUUCUCGGAGUACCAGGCCGCGUUCGUCAUGUCGGCGGCAGGUGGAACGGACAUUCUGGGCCGAAUCGCGUCGGGCUGGUUCUCCGACCUGGGCCACUUUCGGCUCAUUCAUCUACUGAGCCUGUGGACGGCUCUGGCGGGCGUGUUCAUCAUGCUGCUGCCCGUGAGCUCCCUGACGGGUUCCUACGCUGCACUGAUGGGGAUCAGCCUGCUCUAUGGCUUCUGCUCCGGGGCUCUGACCUCCGUGGCCUUUGCCGUGGUGCCGGUGAUUGUGGGUAAGGAGCGCAUGGUCGGGGCCCUGGGACUGGUGCAGCUCCUGGAGAGCAGCGCAGGACUCCUGGGGACUCCUCUCUCAGGGUUCCUGAAGGACCGAACAGGGAACUACGUCGCCUCCUUCGCAAUAUUGGGCUCUUUCCUUGUCCUCGGUAGCCUGACCAUGGUCACUCUUCCAGACUAUUUCUCCUGCACGGACCCGCCGCCUCCUCAGAGAGACCAGAGUAAGAGCUUACGUCCAGAGCUGGAAGCCAUGAGCAGUUUGCCCUCUGACUUAAAUCAUCUACCUGGGGAACGCUCAGAUGGCUGAACUAACCACACGGCACCUUUUUGAAGACAUCAUCAAUAAGAAAGUUGUUGGUGAUACCUCAGAAGUUCUCAUCCAGUUUGGAGGGUGACACUCCAAGUAACAUCUCCACGUGAUUAAAGUGGGGAUUGGUGAGGAAGAGGCAGGAAAUACAGGAGAAAUUCAGCACUGCACUAGGAAUGGGCGAUAUUUUACCGUUCACGAUAAACCGUCAAAAAGAUUCCUCACGAUAAGAAUUUUUCAUCUUGCGGUAAAAACAAUAAAUUCCCGUUGAUGAAGUUUUUGUGUAAAGCUGAUUUAUGGUUCUGUGUUAAAUCCACGCACAACGUACGUGAAGGAAGGAAGGAAGGAAGGAAGGAAGGAAGGAAGGAAG